AUGUCCGGUUUUAUACGACAGCCAGAGCUUUCUAUCUUUAAUGCGGCUUACCCAGAAUUCAAACGUCUGAAAACCGAAAUAAUUGGUGGCUUUCGAGGCAUGGCCGUCAGCCUUAGGUUAUAUUGUGCAGUUUCGACUACUAAGCAAUGUAGACCGGAAAUAUUUGCUGCAUAUGGGGUGCUUAAUCUGGAGUUGCUGAAAACCUUGGACUCUGUUAAUGGUAAGACAAUGAACCUUAUUACCGUCACGGCCACAGAGAUUCAUAGCUCUUAUUCUCCAUAUCUUCCUCACUCGAGGGCUUCUAUUAUGCAAUUAUCGAAAUUCUCUCUUUCCCCCUCUACAAGGUUAAUCAUAUGGCAAAUGCAGAGUGCCACUACGGGCUACCUAAUCGACAAGUGUGACAUCAUAAAGCAAAUGACAAUCAACUCCCUCAAGGUCGGCCUAAACGUAGAUACCACCAUGCUUAACUUCCAGGCCAACAUAUGUGUUGAUAAUAAUGAUAAAGAUAAAGACAAAGACGAUACAGUAGCCUGCCCAGCAGGGUGGCAGCCGAUGAAGGCAACAAUUGCCCUGCCUGGUGGAUAUUUGUAUUGA